AUGGACGUAAAGACCAUUGCAGCCAAGUAUGGCGGACUACCAGCGCGUGUGGUGGCUCGGGCGGAGGAAAACUGGCGCGUAACGAGUGCAAAGAAGUCAGCAGCACUGGACGCGUUUGCUGGUCCUGUCGCGUGCAUCUUGGUGGCGGCACGGGCGCUGGAGGAACGUGUGGACAAGAAGCGACUGGCAAAAUGCGCAGGUGCCAAUAGUAGACUGGUAGAGCCCACAGUGCGUAAGGUGGUGGACGCAGUGGGCGUUCGUACGGUGGUCAAGGCGUCACCUCCCGCGCUAUGUAUCAAGUUCGGCUGUGAGGCGCUGACAGAGAUCGUACAACGAGUGCUGGAUGAAUAUCGAGCGUAUCUCGCGAAGCUUGCGGCUGCAAACCGGAAGAAGAGGAGCAAGCACCCUCUCGGGCCAGUGGUGGCUACGAUGAACGGGCAGGAUCCAGUGUUUGCAGCCGCAUGUUUAUUUGCAGUCAGUAAGCAGGCAAAAAUGAAUGUGAACCAAGACAAGUUGCUGGAAGCUGUGUGUGGUAACGCAAAGGAGUUUGACGCUAUCGUGUCUUCUAUCGAGGCCCAAUGCCAGGCUUCGUUGAGUGGCGCAAUUUUAGAUCGAAAAAAACGUCGUAACCUCGCAGGAGAGAGAGCAGCUAGAAAACUCACUGAACAGCAUCGCACGGAGCAACUGGAAGAGGAGGAGCGUGCAAAACGACAGAGGACAAGCCUUGACGGUGGCGUGGCAUCACCACCUAAGACAUUGGCGCAACAGCGUGUUUUGCAACGAGUACGAGAGUCUCGUGCGGAUGCAACAACGUCACGAGGUUCUGUGUUAUCCAGGGACGGAGUUGCGGCUGCCACUCCUGCAGAGUAUGCUGACUGGAGGGCAAUGGCGCUGGAGUUUAUGCGCAACAAAAAGGAGAAGGAGACGGAGCGGAUGGGUGAAGCACAAGCAGAGAAGCUCGCGGUCGCGACCUAGUAACAAAAGACUUAGCCUCAAGACUGAUGUAAACUUGCGGUUGCAAAACUAUUCAAACACGCUAAAUGCAGCCUUUGUCUAUAGA